GAAUGGCCUCCUCUUGUUUAUAAACUUUCUUAUGUUCUUAUGUUCUUAUAUAUGGCAAUAAAUCAUACACACCGGGCUUAUCCAGUGCCUUCAGAAUGGACACCCACAUAUUAUCUUUCAAAUCUUUAUCUUUAACAUUAUGAUACCCUUUUUCAUAAAGCUCUGGUUAUUUUUUCAGACAAGUUCUCCAUCAUUUUGGCUGCUGCUUCACCCUGCUGGACCACGUACAUUGAAACUGUGCUCUGAUUGCUCAGUGCCCUAGUUGACGUGCAUCAAAUUAAAAAAAAAAAAAAAAAAAACAGGAUUGAAGCAUUGAUUUUGCGUUGCAAACCCAGGGUCGUUACAAUAUAAUUGUAUUUUUCAGUUUAAACAGUAUGAUCAUUUACUAGGAUCAUGCAGUUUGAGAUGCAGAUGAGAAGUGGUAGCUUAAGGAUUCUUUUAGAUGUUUUACAGGAAAGGCGCUACAUAAAAAUAAAAUUGUAUAAACACAUAGGCAUUAAUAUCAAAGAUUUCUUGCAACUGUAGGAAACGUUUAUCACACAUCAGUAAAUCACUUGUACUGUAUUUAAAAACCACCAUGAAAUCAAUCAAUCCUUCUCCCUCUCUUUCUCUGGGAGUCAUGUGCUACAUUCUGGAUGCAGAAUAAAGGUAUUACCCUGAUACAGCUCAACUGAUUGUCAGUGUAAUUGCUUGACAGGGUCAAUAUAUCUUAUCUCCCAACAUAAAAUGAAUGUAUAACUUUAUAAAAAAGUUUGUAUAAAGUAUGGACCUAGGACUGGUUAUUGAGAUUAAACAACUAAGCACCUAUCUAACACUGUCGGUAAAGCUUAGGGUCAGCAUGGGCAACUAAGAAGAACCUGAUUUGAUAUGACUGGCGUGUAGAAAUGUAGUAAACCUGCAGGUAAGAAUAGCCGCUACUGUUAUCAUGUUUUAAACUUUCACAUGAAUCCAAUGUUGUCUACCAAGCACCUAAAUAAUCAGUCAACAGUGUAUGAGAUAAAGAACAUAUAGUUAUAAUUGAGAGCAGUAGUUGAAUACAGCAGUGUGGAGCAGUUUUCAUUUUCUCUUCAUGAGUGUGUUUAUGAGUUUCUGUUUUCUAGUACAAUGCCAGGCGUUUUUCUUUCCUUCUCAUACCCAAAACACAUUCAAACAUUUUCUUAUGUUCAAGUCGUCAAAUGUUAAAACUUCCUCCAAAAGUAUGUGUAUUAUUAUUAUUUAUCACAAAAUUACUUUUCCAAGAACACAUUCAUCAGCAUAACGAAUUGUAUACAUUUCUAAAUACAUGACGAGUAAAGCUGUGUUCGUCUGUUACUGUAUUUGUUAACAUACAUCGGUUUCAGAACGUCAUUGGACGGCAAAGUAAUCAAGAUAUUUUCGAUGGGUGUUAUCAUAUUCGGUUUCGUUUUCACCGCGCUGUUUAGUAUUAUAGCAACCUGUGCAUAGAAACGUCACCUGAUCAGAGGGUAUAAAAUGACACACCCUAUGUCACUUGCAGUAGAAAUCAAUCGGGCUUGGAGUACUAAGAGAGAAAACAUGUUUUCCACAGAAAUAAAGCUACUCCUGCAAUUUUGCAUAGGCAGUCUUUGCUGUAUCUUUGAAGAUGGGUUAGCUAAAUUUUGUACUUGGCUUGGAAUAACAACACUGGUGUCUGACAGGAGAAUCGUUAAGUCAGAAGAGAAUGGUGCACGAGAGACCCCAACCAUUCCAUCUCCAACCAGUGUAAAUUACCAUUUUACUCGCCAGUGCAACUACUCGUGUGGGUUCUGUUUCCACACUGCCAAAACAUCGUUUGUGCUACCGAUCGAAGAAGCCAAGAAAGGUUUGCGGAUGCUAAAAGACUCAGGCAUGGAGAAGAUCAACUUUUCUGGGGGAGAACCAUUUUUGCAUCAGCGGGGCGACUUUUUGGGGAAGUUGGUUCAGUUCUGCAAGCAGGAACUGCGGUUGCCAAGUGUCAGUAUUGUGAGCAAUGGAAGCCUGAUAACGGAGAAGUGGUUCCAGAAGUAUGGGGAGUACCUGGAUAUUUUGGCAGUGUCCUGUGAUAGUUUUGAAGAAGAAACCAAUGCCUUGAUUGGCCGAAGGCAGGGGAAGAAGAGCCACCUGGAUAAUCUGCGCAGAGUGAGGAUCUGGUGCAAUGAGUACAAAGUGGCUUUUAAAGUCAACUCUGUUAUUAACACCUUUAAUGUGAAGGAAGAUAUGAGAGACCAGAUCCGGGAACUUAACCCUGUGCGCUGGAAGGUAUUUCAGUGUCUGGUUAUUGAGGGGGAAAAUGCUGGAGAGGAUGCCCUGAGAGAGGCUGAAAAGUUUGUGAUCAGUGAGGAAGAAUUUCAAGACUUCUUGGAUCAACACAGUGAAAUCACAUGUUUAGUUCCAGAGUCCAAUCAAAAGAUGAGGGAUUCUUACCUUAUCCUGGAUGAAUAUAUGCGAUUUCUGGAUUGCAGAGAGGGCAGGAAGGAUCCGUCCAAGUCCAUUCUCGAUGUGGGAGUGGAGAAUGCCAUUCAGUUUAGUGGGUUUGACGAAAAGAUGUUUCUAAAAAGAGGAGGAAAAUAUGUUUGGAGCAAAGCAGAUAUGCGCCUUGAAUGGUGAUCUACCACUAGACUAACCACUCCAGCUGAGGGUUUAUAUUGACAAUAUGCGGGGGGUUCUAUGCAGGCUGUGUUUUCCAUCCACAAUUGUAUGUUUUAUGUUGAGGGUAAGAAAUGAGGAGUUGUUAAAAUCAAUAAUUAUUUAUUAAUAAAAACAAUCCUUGCCUCAUGAGCUGCUGCUGACAGUGAUUGUUACAGUUACAGUUUUAUCUGUUUCUAAAAGCACAUUUGAAUCCCAUAGUGGAGAAUUAUACAGAAAAUGUAACCGUCUAGAUUGGAUUCACAGGUUGCCCUAUUCAUAUGUGUAUAUACAAAACCUGUCAUCUUUAUUUUUGUAUAAUAAGAAAGGUUGAAAGUACAAACCUUAAUAAAUAUUGUUAUAUCAUAGGUGUAUUGUGUACAAUAACAUACAGUAAAUUACUUGAUAAAGUAUUUAAUAUUUAAUGGAAUCAUUUGUAUGGUAAUAUUGAAUAUUACCUAUGCAGUGUAUUGGGGUUGGUGAAUUAAUUUGUAAAUUAUAUAAAACAUUAUAGAUUUCUUGAUUUCAAAGAGGGAGGGAAGGAUCCAUCCAAGUUUAUUCUCGAUGUGGGUGUGGAGAAUGCCAUUGAGUUCAGUAGGUUCGACGAAAAGAUAUAGUUAUAGAUAUAGAGCAUCUUUAACCUUUGUGUAAAGUCCAGCUGCAGAUGGAACUGGCGGCAGCCCCAGUUUGAUACUGGAAUAAGAUUUUACAGACUGGUUUCAAGCUCAGAUGGAAACAUGCCACUAGACAAACAUUUCAACAAGUCUGUAGCAAUGUCUUUGAAUGUUAUAACAAUAUAUUGGUUUGUUUUUAUACUGCUAUACGUCUUACAUUUAAGUGUUCAUGUAUGACUGAUUAUGCCAAUACUGUAUGAAAGGAAAAAGUGUUCUGUUUUCAUUUUACUGUAUUUGAAUGUAUACUAUUCCAACUGUAAUUGUACAAUUUAAUAAUAUAUGUUUUGAUGUCCUGUCAUUAAGUGUUUUGUGGUUAUUAAGAAGUAUUUUGUAUUAGUAUUAAAUACAAAACAAAAAAUCUGUCACAUA